GUCGUCUCCACGUGCUGCCGCCGGCCACCGGCGGAAGACGGUUUUUGUUUUGAUGCCGCCGGUCAAGCCGCGACAUCAAAACUGCGAUGUGCUCCGCGAUUCUACCAACAGCGGGGGCAAUGUCAGCCGCCGACAGCCGAGCGGAAGACGGCGGGCGGGAGGAAGAGCUGAGGGGGACGAAGAGGAAGAUUUCUCUCUCUGAGUGUGGUGUGUGUGGGUCAGAGGAGGCAAAGUACAGGUGUCCUGCCUGUCUUACACAUUCUUGCAGCUUGCUGUGUGUGAAGAAACACAAGGAAGAUUCUAAAUGCAGUGGAGUCAGAGAUAAAACUGCCUUCGUGACCCUCUCCCAGUUUGAUGAAAUGACGCUCCUCAAUGACUACAGAUUUCUGGAGGAUACAGGACGAUUUGCUGAUGGUGCCACCAGGGACGGCCUCAUCCGGGCUCCUCGUACCACUUCAAAAGCAAAGAAGCUGGCAGCCAACGCUAGAAAGAUGAACAUCACGCUGAGGUUCCUCCCCAUCACCUUCUCUAAGAGCAAAGAAAACUCCACCUUCUUCCUUACAAAGGUAAAACAGUUCAUGUGGCACUUGAAACUCAUCUUUCCUCAGAGCAGCACAGAGUUCAGUCAGAGGAGGGUGUCUGACACACAAACCAUGGAGCAGAUCUUGACCCCUUAUAUCCACCCUACCGAGUCGGACCCUGUGAGGCGCCAAAAGUUGAAGAUGUACGUGCACGCCCCAUUUGAUCAUGUGAAAGUCUUCAUGAAGGCAGAGGGGAGAAAGGCUAACUCUGUGAGGUACCAUGAGUUGGACAUUCAGAAGAGCCUAAGGGACAACCUAAGCUACAAAACGCUGAUUGAAUAUCCUGUGCUGCAUGUUGUACGCAGAGAACAUUGGAAGGAAUAUCCACUGAAAGGACCAGCUGAACCUGCGUCAGCCUGCAGUAGUUUUUCAUCAAAGAGUAAAGGGGUGGACCCACAGAAGGAGGAUGUGACCCAAGUUUCACCAUCCCUGCAAGGGUCUUGCGCCGCAGAAGGAACCAACAUCUGGACGGGAGCUCCAGAGACCAGCCCUGAAACUGAACCCCCACAGGAGAAAAGGGCCAAGAGAGAAUCAGGGCAGGAAGAGCAAGAAGAGGGUGAGAUCAUAGACAGUAGUGAGGAAGAUAAACAGGAGAUGGAAGGAAAUGCUGAAGAAAACACCCCAUGUGGUAAUAGCUGUGGCGAUGCCAAAAGCCCUGCUAAUGACGUGCAGGUGAUUAAAGAUGAACUAGGAGACAGUGUGGACACAGUGACAGCAGCAGGGACUGGUGUAUAAGUGAGCACAUUACUGGUUCCACUGAGAGUGCUGAGGUCAGCAUGACUAAGGAGGAUGCUAUGUAAUAGCCUGUGCCUGUUCAUAACCAUCACUGUCAAGAUGAGAAUGUAUCAGCUAAAGCUGCUGACAGCUGUGGAUUGGAAUGAUAAUACCCAGAUGUUCAGGAUGAAAUUAGAGAGGAGGCAGACAUAUCUGAGAGGAAGUCAUCAGUCUUGUGGCAGUAUACAGUGUUUUCAGUCCUUUUAUACAGAUUGUUUUAACUGACAAGUAUAGUGGUUUACCGAAUGUAUCACUGUGUGUUUACAGAGAAUCAUUUCCAUGUUAAUGUUUAUAAUUUAGGUUUGGCCUAUCUGUAUGGAAGCAUACUUUCCUAAAUAAAGACUUCCCUUUUU